AUGUCUACGGAGGCGGACGCGGACGCGGGCGGCGCUGCUGCCACGGCGGACAAAGGAGAGAAGCCCAGGUUCUCAUGGCUACGUCCUCACCCCAUAUUUGUGAUAGUAUUAGUUGGUCCCGACGAGCAACCGUUCGGUAUACAAAAGGACUUUCUCUGCUACCGCUCGGACUUCUACCAGCGCUACUUCGCCGGCAAGCAGAGGGACGACACGGUGGAACAUGUGGUCAAGCUGCCGGACGAAACGCCCCAAGUGUUCGGGCUGGCGCAGAACUUCCUCUUCACCGGAAAAGUCAUUUCGGACAACGAGGAAGUCCCCUCGUACGAGUCGCUGGUAGGCCUCUGGAACCUGGGCCACAGACUCGGCAUCCGAGGGCUCUGUGACAAGACGCUCGAGGCCAUGACGGAGUGCCGCAGGUUGACGGAGCGAAUCCCCGCGACACCGCUCCUGGUGCAGGUCUGGAGAGACACCCCCCCGGGCUCGUCCAUCCGGAUGCUGCUCCUGUCCUGGGCCGCCGAGUACAUGAGAUCGUCCGAUUCCCGGGCCGAGUUUGCCAAGUCUCUGCCGCAGGAGGUCCUCAGUGAGCUCGUCGUGGCCAUGAGCGCCUUUGAGCUGGCCGCGCCGGCCCCGGCUCCGGCCCCGGCGCCGUCCGCGUCCUCGGUCGUGUCUGCGCCGGCGGAGCUGCCCAGAAAGAGCGUCCACUACCUCGAGGACCCGAGCGAGGACGACCUCAGCAGCAUCAGGAAGAACCGCCGCCUGAGCGGCCCGCCCACCACCGUGGCGAGGACGGACCAGUCGCUCGGGCGCAAGGGAUCCCGCACACCGCUGCCGAAGCCGCAGAAGCGCAGAUCCGGCGCCGCCUACGUCGACGGCCGCAACUUUUCUACGGCCCAGAAGCUCGACUUUUGCGCCGACUUGCUGAGCAGGAUGCUCUCCGGACCAGGCUUCUGGACAAGACUGGUCGGCCCGUUCAGGGACCCCGUUGAGCCGGCUGAGGACGGCGUCCCCGACUACUUUGACAAGGUCAAGCGGCCGAUGGACCUCACCACCAUCAAGGCCAAGAUGGACCGGCACGAGUACGCAAGCGACGAAGACUUUGUCGGCGACAUGCGGCAAAUAUUUGAAAACUGCUACACGUACUGGAAGAAGGGGGACCCGAUGUGGCAGGCUGCAGAGAAGCUCCAAAAGACGUUUGAGGACAAGUUUGCCCACAUGAACAAAUGGAUCUCCAAGAUGGGCGGCGACGAGGGCGACUGA